AGCUGUAAACUUCAUUAUUUUUCUACAAGAAAAAGCUAGGAAAAAGCAAACAAAUACUUCUUUAUACCAUGCUUUUCAAAGCAACUUUCCCUUAUUUAUUUAUUCCCAACUGAUAAAUACCCUUUGCAAAACCUUCACUGGGAAAAGAGAAAGAAAAAAAAAAAAAAAAGAGAAGACAAUUCUCAGUCACCAGUAAACAUGUCGGAUUCCGAUGGGGGAUGUUGUCGAUGUUGUUGUAGCUUCAUCUUCACUUUGGGUCUAACAGCACUUUUCAUGUGGCUAAGUCUACGUACUUCCAACCCUAAAUGUUCUGUUGAAAAUUUUUACUUACCUUCUCUAGAUACAACCUUAAAGAACCCAAAUGAUACUACCUUAAACCUGACCUUAAAGCUAGAAAACACCAACAAAGAUAAAGGGAUUAAGUAUGAUGCUGUGAAAGUCACAGUUUCUGAUUCUCAAAACAGAAAUCAUGUUGUAGCUAAUGUUUCGGUGCCGGAUUUUUACCAGGGUCACAAAAAGAAGGCUAAAAAGAUUGGUACAGGGAUAGCUAACUCGACGGUGGCUUCGCAGGUGGCUUCCAUCAACGGGAAGAGGGUUUUCUGGGUGGAUUUGUCGACUUCAGUGAAAUUUAAGAUCAUGUUUUGGUAUACAAAGAGGCAUAAGAUUAGGGUAGGAGCAAAUGUGACGGUCAACGCUACCGGUGUUAAGGAUGAACGUAAAGGGAUCAAGCUUAAAUCCAUGGCGCCAAGGAUGGGAAGUUUUUGUGUGGUGAUGGGAUCUUUGCUGAAUUUCUUGGUCUUCAGUUUGCUUAAUUUUUAGUGAGUUGAGUUUUUUUGGGGGCAAGG